UUUACAGGUUGUAACUCGCUUUUACCCAAUUUACCAUUGCUAAAUCACAAACAAUUACCUACAAUUUUUUUUAGGAAAUACUGAUUUUUCAAUUGUAUCAAAGAUGCUUCGAACUUUUGGGGUGCGUCUAGUCCCUCAGGGAGUAAACACGAUUAUUCGUGCUUACGGUGCUCAGUCCUCGACUACACCAACCGGUGCAAAGCAUCCUGCUACGCCGGCAAUAAAUCCAAAUGUAGAAGGUCUUAGUGAAAAUUGUGUGAAAGUACCAAAUCAUCCUGUAGGUCCAGGUGCCUCGAAGGAAAAGGAAUAUAAAAAUCCCGAAUAUUUCUGCUACAACUCUGAAUCCUUUGCAGAAGCUGAAGUAGAAAUUGCUAAAUACAGACUUCCAGCACCAUCGAACAAAGUUAAAUUCAAUAAAUAAAGUUCAUGACUAAAAUUGGGAGAUUUACAUAUAAUCUAGACGAUUGUACUGCAGUGUAUAUAGGUAUAUCUAUAAAUUUAAAAUUAUGGGUAUAUUUUAAGUGUUAUACUUAGAAAUUUAAAUAAAUUACUUCUGUAUUA